AUGGCUUCCAUCCUUCUCCAGGCUAAUCUCAACCACUGCCGUCAGGCACAGGAUCUCAUGACCCAAAGCCUGGCGGAGUGGGGAAGGGGCUUGGCGGUCGCGGCCGAGCCAUAUUCGGUCCCUGCUCACCCCGCAUGGGCGGGGGACGACGGGGGCACGGUCGCGAUCUACAGCGUGUGGAGCCACGAUAUCCCUGUCUUUACUCUUACUGAGAGAGGACGGGGAUUUGUGGCUGGGGAGUGGGGGGAGACCAUCCUGGUGGGGUGUUAUUUUUCACCCAACAGGCCUCUCUCCGAGUUUGAGGAGUACUUGGAUGGGCUCGGCGCUGUGGUUAGGCGCUGGCAUCCCCGUCCAGUACUGGUCCUGGAGGACUUCAACGCCAAGUCUGAGACUUGGGGUUCCCCCAGGACGGAUGGUCGGGGAGAGGUCCUGGAAGAGUGA